AUACGAUAUUCACACUCAUUCAUUAUGUAUUCCAAAAUCGCUCUUGCUUCUCUUCUUUUCCGCGCCGCACAUGGCCAGCAAGUUGGUACUUUAACCACAGAAACCCAUCCUUCCCUCACAUGGCAAACAUGUACUGCCCCAGGAAGCUGUACAGAUAAGGCUGGUAAAGUUGUCCUCGAUGCAAACUGGCGAUGGCUUCAUAGUACCUCUGGAUCCACCAACUGCUACACUGGAAACACUUGGGACACAACUCUCUGCCCUGAUGACGCUACCUGCACCCAGAACUGCGCGGUUGAUGGCGCCGAUUAUACUAGUACCUAUGGUGCUACUGCAUCAGGAAGCAGCCUCAAGCUUGACUUUGUUACCAACGGAGGAUCAUCGCCGAAUAUUGGUUCUCGGUUCUACCUCAUGUCAGAUGACAGCACUUAUGAGACUUUCAACAUGCUCAACCAGGAGUUCACCUUUGAUGUCGAUGUAUCCAACCUCCCCUGUGGUCUGAACGGAGCCCUGUACAUGGUGAACAUGCCUGCAGACGGUGGAUUGUCCGAUACCAACAAAGCCGGUGCUGCGUAUGGAACCGGGUAUUGUGACUCCCAGUGUCCUCGUGACCUAAAAUUCAUCGACGGCGAGUCGAACUCUGACGGAUGGGUUGCAUCAAGCACCAGUGCUAAUUCCGGCGUUGGUCCUCGCGGAGCAUGUUGCGCGGAAAUGGACAUCUGGGAAGCCAACUCCGUCUCCACCGCCUUCACCCCUCACUCCGGACCCUCAAACCUGACCGUGUGCACGGGUGACACCUGUGGCGGCACCUACUCGAGCUCCCGAUAUGCAGGCGACUCCGACCCAGACGGAUGUGACUUCAACUCGUACCGUCAAGGCAACGAGACAUUCUACGGCUCCGGCAUGACCGUCGAUACCACCAAGGUCAUGACAGUUGUCACGCAGUUCCUGACAGACGACGGAACCGCAACAGGCACCAUGAACGAGAUUAAGCGCUUCUACGUGCAAGACGGCGUCGUGAUCCCCAACUCGGAAUCCACCAUCCCCGGCAUCUCUGGAAACUCGGUCAACGACGAGUUCUGCGUGGACCAAAAGGCGGUUUUCAACGACACGGACUCAUUCAACGACAAGGGCGGUUUCACCUCCAUGACCGAGGGUAUGUCCGCCGGCAUGGUCCUCGUGCUGAGUCUGUGGGAUGACUACUACGCCAACAUGCUCUGGCUCGACAGCACUAGCUACCCAGUCGACGCCGCGGCCGGCACUCUGGGAGCUGCCCGUGGAACGUGCGCUACGACAUCAGGCGUACCUGCUACUAUUGAGUCUACGAACGCGUCUGCCUCGGUGACCUUCUCGAACAUCAAGACUGGGCCCAUCAACUCGACCUUCUCCGCUACUAGCACCUCCAAGCGAUCAGCUUCGGAGCAAUCCAAGGCUCACUGGAGACGGGCUGCCGCUUCAUUGUGGUGA